AUGCUCGGCCGGCCCGUCAGUCUCGCCGCCUGCGCAGCUCCCCUCACAUCCGCCAAUAACGGCUCCGCCAUUGCCGUCCGCUGCGCCGCUAAGGACGGAAAGGCGGCCGCAGAGCCCGAAAGUGCCUCCCACGGUCACACCGGGCCGCGCGUCGUCAACCGGCGGCUGAUCCUCGGCGGACUGGCGGCGGGCAUGGCGGCGGUCGUGGGCUGCCCCAUUUGUGACUCUAACGGGGGAUUAUCCUCUAUCGGGGCCGCAUUGGCCGCCGAUUCAAUCAAGGACGACGUUUCCGGGCCGAUGGAGUGGGGCGAGCUGUGCUCGGCGGGCGACGCGGCGCAGUCCGCAACCGCCGGUCCGCUGAACGCGGUGUCGAAGCUGACGAGAGACAACAGCCUCGGUAACAUCACAUUCGCGUAUAAGAACGCCGAUGCGUCGUUCCUCAACACGGGGCACGGCACGAUGCAGGCGAGUCGUUCAAUGCGCUCUAUUCUCCUCGCUGCUCUUAAUUCCUCUUACCCCUGGCUUAUCUCCUCCUCUCAACCCCUCACUCUCCCCUCACCCCCUCUCUCUCCCCCGCCAUCUCCCAUUUUCACUCCCUUUUUCCUCGUCCCCCCCCCCUCAUGUCCGCUUCUGCCGUUCGCAGGUGAACUUCCCGGGCGGCAGCAACACGUGCGCGGUGGGCGGGCGGCAGCUGCAGCUGCUACAGUACCACUUCCACGCGCCCAGCGAGCACUCGUUCAACGGCGCGAUGCUGACGGCAAGCUGGCAGUGAUUGGAGUGAUGAUAGAGGCGGACCCGCGGGCCCAGCGCAACCUGGGCCUGGAGGCGGCUCUGGCGUUCGCCCCGGGCGAGAAGAACAAGCAGAUCGCCUCCCCCCAGGAGUGUUUAGAGGUGGCGGUGGUGGGCAGGGGGGGCGCUCGCUCCGCCCUGCAGCAGUGCCUGCGCGUGCAGACCAGCCCGCAGCCGCUGCUGCCGCCUGCUGAGAGAUCUGACGCCUCUCACGCGUACAUUCACUACCAGGGCUCCCUGGCCGACCCUGCCUGCUCUGAUGUGGUCGAUUGGUUCGUGCUUGCGGCCCCGCUCAAGGUACCGGACAGCCAGGUGUUGGAGUUCCUGAGCUACGUGGGCGACCGCCGCACCCUCGCCUUCAACUCUGACCUUGGCCCGCGCCGACUCGUGGGCCCCGCUUGA